AAGUAAAAACAAAUAAUUAAAACGAUUAAAAAUAAUAUUUGUGCUGAGCUAUUCAAUUAGUGUAUCCCGAAAAAAUCUGUGUAAUUUUUUGUUGGAAAUAAAAUUGAAUGUUUAAAGUGCGAUACUGCAAUAUUUGAGGAGUGAGAUUUAAUUAGCUUUCGUUUGCUGGUGUGGUCCCUUGCAUGUGCCAAGUGGAGCUGAACAAACUGAGUGAACUUUAUGGCAGUCGGUUGGCAGUGGUGCUAAUAGAAUUUAAAAUUAUUAUUGAUUGAAUUUUGAAAAGUUUUGUCUCAAUUUCUCACAUGUAUCAAUUGCAACGUACGUGAUAUUGACACGCUUUGCACUGAGAUAAUUUGAACGCAUUUGAAAGCAACAAAAAUGUGGUUGAAUUGCCGUUGGAAGAUGCUGCGGCUAUCGCGAAUGCUGAGACUAUGUUUCUUUAUUGUGCUGAUCAGCACUUUAGUUGCCGCAGACAUAACGACUGUGGAGCGGAUACGGAAGCACCAAGAAUGGCUAAAGCAACGCAAUCAGCAAAAAAGCAAUCGCCUGGCGGUAGCUGUUAAUUAUCCGAAAUCCAACUAUGAAAUGGCCAAUCUAUGGCGCUAUCCCAAGCAAAGUGCAGCGCCUGUAGAAAAGCCGAGUAUAAACGAAGUUUAUCCAGAAAACGAAGCUGUUGAAGCGACUGUUCAACCGUCAACAACAACAAUAGCCAUAACACCAACUACCUCGACUUUGCUCUUGGCCACUACAGAAUCACUGGAAGCAACACCAGUUAGCACCGUAAUGCACACCGAGGAACAAUCAGUAUUAUCGACUACGCCGACCGUAGCCUCAGCCAUAUUACCUUCUUCCGCAACACAGCGGACAACAACUGAGCCGGUGAAGUUGCCGCGUGGCUUUCAAGCGCCGACAUCUGAGCGAAGUGUGGGUGUUCCCGAUGCGCCUAUUAUUAGUAGUGUUAGUUCCAGUGCGGCCAGUAGUACCCGAAAAACACCUAUGAUAGCAACAACAACUACAGAGUUACCAAUUAGCAGCUCGAUUAGCAGUUCUGAUGUUGACAAAGCUUCAGAUGUGUCGUCAAACGAAAGUUCAGGGUUUUCAACAACAAAGCGACCGCACGCGAGUCCACGUCAACGCGCCUAUCCACGCUGGGGAAAUUGGAGCAAGUGGAGUGAAUGCUCGCGGAGUUGUGGCGGAGGUGUUCGCUUUCAGCAGCGCAAAUGUAUCAAUCGCAACUCCUCAACUGGCAAACGUUAUAUCAGUAAGGCCUGCAUUGGCGUCUACAAGCGUUAUCACAUCUGCAACGAGCAGCCUUGCCCUGCUGCGUUGGCUGAUUUUCGCGCCGUGCAAUGUGCAGCUUUCAAUGAGGUCGAUUUUCAGGGACAGAAAUACACGUGGGAGCCAUAUAUUAAAGAGGAUGCCGAAUGCGAACUCAACUGCAAGCCAGUGGGCAUGAAAUACUUUGCGACACUGAACUCUUCGGUCAUUGACGGUACACCCUGCUUUCACCCAGCUGAAUAUUAUCGCUCAAAUUAUCGGCAGCGUGCAAUGUGCGUGGAUGGAGUUUGUAAGGCCGUCCAUGCCACUGGCAUCAUCACCGGCCUUUCCGCCAACAGUGGAUCAGUGAGUUGCGGUGGUUUAAUUUGCCGUCCAAUAACGGGCAUCUUUACACGCGACCCACUACCAGAAGACGCUUACGUGCAUGUGGCCACAAUACCAGCGGGUGCCUCGAAUAUUUCUAUCACCGAACUGGGAAACAGCAUAAAUUUACUAGUGCUGCGUACACCCGAUCAGAAAUACAUAUUCAAUGGCGAUAAUAGCGCUUCGGAUAGCGGCGCCUAUGAAGCUUUAGGCGCGAUUUUCAACUACCAUCGCAUUGACGGCCUGCAGCAUGGCGAUGGCGUUACGGAGUGGAUUACUUGCAUGGGUCCCAUAAGAGAAAUGCUGGAGUUGAUGAUAUACAGCAAGUCCUCGAACCCGGGUAUCAAAUACGAGUAUCUACUGCCUAUAACCUCUGACUCAGAAGAAAAUGAGCUAUCGGUGGAAAGUGAAGCGUUUUUGAAAAAUGGCCCAGAGGAAAGCUUUGCAAGUAAUUCGCGCUCGGGCCGACGACGUCGCUUCAACUGGAAAGUGGUAGGCUUUAGCGCCUGUUCGAAAACCUGCGGUGGUGGCAUACAGACGCCAGUUGUGCGCUGCGUGCGGGAGAAUCCAAUACGCUAUUACUCCCAGCGCCGUUGCAUGCAUUCCGAAAAACCAAUGCUCAACGAAAACCUGUUGCGCUGCAAUACGCAACCCUGUCCCGCUUAUUGGCGCAUAGAAGAUUGGAGCGAGUGUCAUUGUCAACAGGGUGACGGCUACCGCGAGCGUGACUUAAGUUGCGUACAAGAGCUCGCUUCCGGCAUUGUUAUACACGUGGAUAACUCAGCUUGUAUGGACGAGAUGCCCAAUCAACGCAAACCAUGUGAUUGCCCGAAGAAUCGACGUCGUUCACAUGUGGCACGUUACCGCACGGCACACUCAGGCGCUAAUGGAACUCAUAAUCAUCGCGGACGCGAUAAGUCUGACAAAUCUGGUAUUUGGUUAAUGUCCGAUUGGAAUCAGUUUUGUUCUGCUGAAUGUGGUACAGGCGUGGAAUAUCGCACUAUUUUCUGUGAUCGUUCAAAACCGAAUACAGAACGGUGCGACUCACGUGCAACACCGGAGAUUACGCGGUCAUGUGAACGAAGUCGCGAUUGUGAAAAGGGUGAAUGGUUCGCUGGUCCGUGGACGCCAUGUAAUGGAAACUGUUUUAAUUUAACUCGCACCCGACCAGUUUACUGUAUACACCAGCAGCAGAUUGUGAAGGAUGAAGAUUGCAAGCCGGAGCUGAAGCCGCAAAUAAUGGAAAACUGCUCACAUGAAGAGGUGGAGUACUGCGGACCGCGUUGGCAUUACUCUGAGUGGUCGGAGUGCACGAAAACGUGCGACGGCGGUACUCAACGUCGUUCAGUGAAGUGCUUGGAGUAUGACGAACGUGAGGGUGCGAUGCGUGAAUCGUCCAAGUGUCGUUACUCACUUCGGGAGCCCAUCUACCGCAGCUGUAACACGCAUAACUGUGACGAACCGCAACUGGAGCUUCUCCAGAAUGAUGUUGCUGUCUCCUGUGUGGACGAGUUCAACAACUGCCAGUGGGCUGUGAAAGCGAAACUCUGCAGUUACGAUUAUUACAAGCAAAACUGCUGUUACUCCUGUGGCGCCGCCUAAAUACUCGAUCAUAGCCGGCACAAGGGAUACCUGCCAACAACAAAUUUCACUACUUUAGUUUAAUUUAUAACUGAAUUUUGUUUUUAUUUCAUUGUUUUAAUGCGAAAAGUUCAUUUUUAUUUGAAGCACUUGUAUUAAAAAAUUGCCCAUAGUUCUUUCAAAUGCACAGCGACACAAACGAAAUGUAACUUUGUUUUGCAAUCCAAGUGAAAAUAUUGCGAUUUGAUUAAUUGUUGGAAAUUAUUUUUAUUUAUCGAAAUUUUCUUAUGUGAAAUUAAGGCUUACACUUAGUAUUUUUUUAAGUAUUUAUAAAAAUAAAGGUAGGUAUAAUAUAAGAAAUAUUUUAUUUAGUGCUUAGUAAAGAACUUUCAAGGCGCAAAUAAAUUUUGUUAAAAAUGAAUGACAAAAAUUAGUUGCAAUAUAAAAAAUAGUAGACUUAUGUAUGUAUUUUGUUUAGGGCACAUUCCAAUAUACUAUAUUUGCUUUACGGCAGUUUUUUGUAACAUCCAAAUAACCAGAAAGGUAUUAAAACACUAAAAUGGACCUUUUAAACGAUCAUUUUUUGCUACUUAAAAUUCCUUUUUUGCGUUUAAAAGCAAUUUUCUGCCUUAGCGUAUUUUUAUUCAUUGGUAUUGUAUUAUUAAUUACUUUGCAAAAAAUAUAUGUAUGCCUGUGUAUAAAUUUAUUUAUUUUGGUUUUAAGUUUUCGAUAUUUUUUCUAGAAAAAAAUCUUUUUUUGUACUUCAGAAACUAAAUACUGCAUGCAUACAUUUUUUUUAAUUAGCAUCGUAUUGGGAUUAACAAUUGUAGUUAUAAAAUCACUGUUGAAACAAUUUUUAACACAACAGUACGAAAUGUUCGAAUUUUUGCAAACAUUUUUUUUUUUUUAAUUUUAAUAAUCAAAUAACUGCAAUAAAAUAACAAAUGUGUUCUACUAAACUGCUAAUUCGAAAAUAUUCUAUAAAAUAUUUAAACGCAUACAUUUAAAAAUAAUUCGUAUCUCUAACCAAACUAAGUUCUGUUUUAAGUGUAAGCGAAUAUUUAGCGUACAACUGACAAAGAAACAGAAAUCUAUACAAAAAUAAAGUGCAAAAAUACAAUUUUACUAAAUAAUUAAUAAAUUUCACUCUUUUG